CCUUUAUCUCCAAUGUCUCACACGCAACCAUCCAGUGGGACACCUUUAUCUCCAAUGUCUCACACGCAACCAUCGAGUGAGACACCUUUAUCUCCAAUGUCUCAACAGCCUAAUUUGACACAUGAGGAGACAAUGAUUGAAUCAGCUGCAUCUCCAAAGUCUCAACAAAAUGAGGAUUACACGCAAUCAUCGAGUGAGACGCCUUUAUCUCCAAUGUCUCAACAGCCUAAUUUGACAAAUGAGGACACAAUGAAUGAAUCAGAUGAUGAAACUCCUGCCCUUGAUACUCAAGUAUUCUCUCCUAAUCUGACAAAAGAGAAAGAAACAGAAACGUCUACCGAUGAGAGGCCAUCCAAUCCUAAUCAAGAUGGAAAACCAGAUGAUGAGAUUGUGAGAGAGAAAUUAACAAGUGAGUCACCUGCUAGUCAGAGUCAAGUUUUGCAGAAAGAAACAGUAGAAAUGAAUGAGACACCUUCUUCUCCAAUAGCUCCAAAGAGUAUUGAAACUCCCGUUUAUACUCCAAGUCAGACUCAGCAGAUUGAGAGAGAGCCAUCGGAUGACACGCCUGCCCUUGAUACUCAAGUUUAUACUCCUAAUCUGACAAAAGAGAGGGAAACACAAACCUCUACUGAUGAAACGACACCCAAAACUAAUCAAGGAGAAGGAAAACCAGAUGAUGAGAUUGUGAUUGAGUCACCUGCUGCUCAGACUCAAGUUUUGCAAAAAGAAACACUGGAAAUGAAUGAGACACCUUCUUCUCCAAUAUCUCCAAAGAGUAUUGAGGCUCAAGUUUUUACUCCAAUUCAGAAACAGCAGGUAAAUGUUCAAAAAAUCUUGGAGAUUUCAAGUAAUGUUUGAAAGCUUUUGUACGUGUUUUUGAUCCCCUACCUGACUUUUUUUUGUUUUUUUUGCAGAUGGUAACAGAGGAAACGUAUGAGGCUACACAGCCAUUGACUGAGAUCAUUUCAGCAAACAAUAAAAAGGUAAGCAUAGAAAUGUCUUUCAUAAGUACAACUUGAAUUUUAAAUUGUAGAAACUUCUUCAUAACUACCUCUUUUAUUUUACUGUUAUCACAGGAGGAUACAUAUGCUGUGCAUUACAGACCUUCCUCUCCAUUGUCUUCACUAAUUGCACUAGUUAUUGAAGAAAAUAAGAAUGCUUUGGUAAGAAGAAAUAUUUAAAAUGUUUAUGUAAUAUUUUUCUAUUCAACUAACUCUUACCAUUUACUUUUGACUUAUAGAGUGAGACAGAAAUUGCGACCCAAUAUUUUUCUACAAGUGAAGGAGAGCAUUCACAAUCAAGCAGAAAGAAUCAAGCAGAAGAAUAUCUCAAGGAUACUACAGAACCUACUACUGAGCUAGUUUCCACAGAUGUUUCGAAGACACAGCCUCUUACUCCGCAAACACAGCACCUUCAGACAAGUGAGGGAGAUCAAUCCAAUGAGACACCAUCAGAGCAGAAUCAAGCAGAAGAAAAUCUCAAGGAUACUACAGAACCUACUACUGAGCUAGUUUCCACAGAUGUUUCGAAGA